UAUAUACUCCCUACUUCUAAAAACUGUUCACAAGUGCUUUCUAAAAGAGAGUUUAUCGUUACGUCAUUAAUAACGUCAUAUGUUGGAGGAAUAAAUACGAUCUACGUAUUGAAAACUUCACGAUUCUCUGGUAAAACAUAUAUAAUAAAUUAGACUUCUGAAAUUAUUAUUAUACGUUAGACGAUAGACCACAUACGUGAUAGAUAUUUAACUUUACUUGCGAGUACAUCAUGCUAGCAUUACAAGUAUACGCGUUACUAUAGCCAUGUGUAAGCAUGGAAAUACAUGAUACACAAGGUGACGUUGUACACCUACCAUUUUCAGAAAUGAAGUACGACUUGAAUGUGUGUACGGCAUAUAAACGAAUUUGAACUAAUAUUUAUUGAUUAAAGUUUAAUGCGAUAAGGAACCACAUUCACACAAUGCGAUUAGCAUUAACAUAUAUAGGUGGUAAAAUUGAAAAUUGCAUAAAUGUAAGAAGUAGCGUUAUAAAUUAUAAAAAUGAAAUUUUUCAUUCUAAUCUCAAGACUAUCCUGAAAUCAGCUGUUACAAGCAGACGAUAAGCAGGAUAUGGAAAUUAGUGAAACAGAUGUACAGAUAACAAAUCGUCCUAUUGACUUUAUUUCGGUAUAUGUCAAGGAAGAAAAUGAUGAAUGUGAAACUGAAUUUAAUGACGUCGAAAUUAUUGCUGCAGCACAGCAUUUUUGUUCUAUCGAAAUAAAAGAAACCAAAGGUUAUGAUAAAAAUUAUAAACAAAGAGAGUUUAAUAUUGAUAAUGAUAACAAUUGGGAAAAUAGAAAAAAUAUAGAAUCAAACAAUUCUAAUACGGAUGCUAUGCAAUCUAGCGAAGCUUGUAAUAUUGGUAGCAUUUUAACAGACUCCAUUUGUCUGGAUACAUUAGAUUCAGACACUACAAAUGAUCAGAUCAAAAAACAAAUUAAUCAGUCUUCUGAAGUUUUUGAAUCCCAAUCAGAGGACACAGAAACAAACUAUAAUAUAUCAACUGUCGCUACGUCAAAUCAAUUUUUAGACAGUUUGAGUCUUGAUAUAAAAAAGGAAAAUAAACAAUCAAGUCAUAAACCUGAUUCUGAUGGAAUCUAUAUGACAGAAUGGUUGUGCGAUGUAAAUGGUGAUACGAAUUUACGAUUGAAGGUUUUGAAGAAUGAUAAACAAGAAGUACAAAUUCCCACUGACAUUGAAGCUACAAUAACACCCAUAGCCAUAUGUAAGGAUCAAACAUUGGAUCACGGUGGUAAUUUGACGAAAGAAGAAACAAAGAAAUAUAAUACAACGAAAAAGAGAACAAAAUUAAAAUCUUCUACGUUGAAUGAUUACGAGGAAAGAUUGAGGAAAAAAGCUGAAUGCAUGAGAGAAAAACGAAAAAAAUUGUAUGAAAAUGAAAGUGAGGAGCAAAGAGUACAAAGACUUGCAAGAGAAGCUGCCAAAAGACGAGAAAUGAGAAUGUAUUACGAAACGCCAGAACAAAGAAGAAAACGGCUUGAUGCCGAGGCAGCAAGAAAGAGACAAUAUAGAUUGUAUAACGAAACGCCAGAUGAUAGAAGAAAACGAUUAGAUCGUGAAGCAGAAAGAAGAAGAAUCAAACGUCUUUCUUUAUAUGCCAGUGAAUCACCGGAACAACGUAGAGAAAGAUUAAAUAGAGAAUCUGCUAAAAGGAGGGAGGCAAGAUUAAAUCAAUAUGCAAAGGAAACGGAGGAAGAAAGGAAAGAAAGAUUACGGAAGGAUGCUUUAAGAGCCCGAGAAAUAAGAUUCACAAGAUCUGCAGUAGAAACUGAAGAGGAACGCAGACGAAGGUUAGUAAAAGAUGCUCUUAGAAAGAGAGAGGUAAGAAUGCAUGGAAAUCAUUCGGUAAACAGCGGUUUUACAGAACUUCAAACCGUUCGUAAUUUUGAAGAAUUAAACAAUGCACAGAUAAAGAAUAAUCCAGAUAAUCAAAUAGGAGGUCAUUAUCUUAGUAACUGGAUGAUGUGGUUUCAAAAUACACUAGCUCAACCUGUACAUAUUGGAGAACAAAUAUUUGAAUCACGUCCACAAAAUAGUGGAUAGAUAGAUUUUUCUCUAUAUUACUUUUUACUGACCAAAUAAAUUCGAUACUAUUGUAGACAAUGAUAGACAGAUAAUAAUAACUGGAAUAAGUGUGCUUUUUCCAUACUUCUCAUGCCAUUUCAAAAGAUAGUAAUCAGACUGUUUUCUCAUGUUUUGUUUGCAUUAAAGAGUAUUUUAAUCCAUUUCAGUUGGAACAGUAUUAUCACUGAUCUACCAAACUAGAAAUGACUGUACAAGACUUAUUAGUAAUAAUAUUUUAUAGAAUGUAAAUAUAUUAUAUAAUUUAGAAUGAAUUAUGAUUUCCAAUUUUUAAGCUUUGUUAAUUUAUGUAAAUAUAUUGAACUUCCAAAUUAAAUUAACAUUUAAAUAUUUAUGAAUGUCAAGGGAUUUUAAAUGAAUACAUAAAAAGAAACAAAUACUAUUAUUGUCUAUUGGCCUUCAUAAAAUGUUUAUUAAUUUAUCAAUCAAUAAUUUGAACAAUAAAUUAUAUAAUUUUUAAUCUUAAGCAACACAUAUCAUGCAUCCAAAAAUAUAUUGAUUAAAAUAUAA